AUGUUUGUGAACCAGUGCACCCGCCGACCUCACAUGAAUGUGUUUGUGCUACUGCUCGGUGCGACUGUGAUAUGUCCCGCUUACGGAAUAAUUGAUCGGCUGGUGGUACAAACCAGCAGCGGUCCGAUACGCGGCCGUUCGACGAUGGUGCAGGGGCGCGAGGUGCACGUAUUCAACGGUGUCCCGUUCGCAAAGCCACCGGUGGAUAGCUUACGGUUUAAGAAGCCUGUCCCAGCAGAACCAUGGCAUGGGGUGCUCGACGCAACCAGAUUACCUCCAUCAUGCAUACAGGAACGAUACGAAUAUUUCCCUGGCUUCGCGGGCGAAGAGAUGUGGAACCCUAAUACGAACGUUUCGGAAGAUUGUCUGUAUCUCAACAUAUGGGUGCCAACAAAGACGCGUCUUCGACAUGGUAGGGGUCUGAACUUUGGAAGCAAUGACUACUUCCAGGACGAUGACGAUUUCCAGCGCCAGCAUCAGUCGAAGGGUGGGCUGGCAAUGCUUGUUUGGAUUUAUGGUGGCGGGUUCAUGAGCGGCACCUCCACGUUGGACAUUUACAACGCCGAAAUACUGGCCGCGGUCGGUAAUGUCAUCGUCGCGUCGAUGCAGUACCGUGUCGGUGCAUUUGGAUUUUUGUACCUUGCCCCGUACAUCAGUGGGUACGAAGAUGACGCUCCAGGCAACAUGGGCAUGUGGGACCAAGCGCUGGCGAUACGAUGGCUGAAGGAAAAUGCGAAAGCAUUCGGCGGUGAUCCAGAUCUGAUUACGCUGUUUGGCGAGUCGGCUGGUGGCAGUUCGGUGAGUUUGCAUCUGCUAUCGCCAGUCACGCGAGGGCUCUCGAAGCGUGGUAUUUUGCAAUCCGGCACGCUGAACGCACCCUGGAGCCAUAUGACCGCAGAAAAGGCUCUGCAGAUCGCCGAAGGGCUCAUCGACGACUGCAACUGUAAUCUGACGAUGCUGAAGGAAUCGCCAAGCACGGUAAUGCAGUGCAUGAGGAAUGUCGAUGCGAAGACCAUCUCGGUCCAGCAGUGGAACUCCUACUCCGGCAUACUGGGAUUUCCUUCGGCACCGACCAUUGACGGUGUGUUCAUGACCGCCGACCCGAUGACCAUGUUACGCGAGGCUAAUUUGGAAGGAAUUGAUAUACUCGUUGGCAGCAACCGGGACGAGGGAACCUAUUUUCUGUUAUACGAUUUUAUAGACUAUUUUGAAAAGGACGCGGCAACAUCGUUGCCCAAAGAUAAGUUUUUGGAAAUUAUGAACACCAUCUUUAACAAAGCAUCCGAGCCGGAACGUGAGGCAAUAAUCUUUCAGUACACGGGAUGGGAAAGCGGAAAUGAUGGCUAUCAAAACCAACACCAGGUUGGACGAGCGGUUGGCGAUCACUUCUUCAUCUGUCCAACCAACGAGUUCGCACUCGGUCUAACGGAGCGUGGUGCAUCGGUUCACUACUAUUAUUUUACACAUCGUACCAGCACAUCACUUUGGGGCGAAUGGAUGGGCGUACUGCACGGGGAUGAGGUCGAGUACAUAUUCGGCCAGCCGAUGAAUGCGUCCCUGCAGUACCGGCAGCGGGAGAGGGAUUUAAGCAGACGCAUGGUGCUAUCCGUCAGCGAGUUUGCACGGACAGGAAAUCCCGCCCUGGAAGGUGAACAUUGGCCUCUGUAUACCAGAGAAAAUCCGAUCUUUUUCAUCUUCAAUGCCGAAGGUGAGGACGACCUGCGGGGUGAGAAGUAUGGUCGUGGACCGAUGGCAACAUCGUGCGCAUUUUGGAAUGACUUUUUACCAAGGUUACGAGCAUGGUCAGUACCGUCGAAAAAUCCGUGCCACAUACCCGAGCAAUUGUCGACAGCCAGUACGGCCAGAACAAUGUCCAUAGUUGUGAUGGUGUUGGUUUGGAUGAUUCCGCUGGUGGCUGCUAACUAA